CCACCUCUCUAAUCUCUAAUAUCAUUGACUUUGACUAUCAUUGUGUUUUUGUACCAUUUUUGUAUCGCAGUGGUUUUAUUUUACCUGUAAACUGUAAUUCAUGAAUUUCAAGUGAAGCAAAGUGAUUCCUCUCGAAAGUUUAUGGUGAAGCUAUGAAUCUUCAGGAUCAUGCAGCCCAGUGAAUCAGGGAUGGUCGAGCCGUUAUUCAUGUCAUCCUGAUGUAGAUGCAAUAAUGAUGAUUUGCAAAUUGCCUCCCAGAUAUAUCAAUAUUGAAAACCUAUCUCAUUAGCUGUGAUCCAAAUAGGAUCUAAAAAUGCUCAAUUGUGUGCCUGCGGUAUGGUUUCGGCUAAAUCCUAUGGUUAGCACUUGCUUUAAAGCAAUGUUUACGAGCAAAUUGGACUCGUUGAUCUCGAGAUGUCCUUCUAGGAUUUCAAAUUUUAGCUCCAGCAUUUGCUGCUCCCACAAAGCUUAUUACCCUGACAAACCAGGGAAAUGGGAAAGAUCAGAGAUUAAAGUCAAGUCAUCUUUAGAAAGUGUUACAGAAGCUGAUGUAGUUCCGAGUAAAAAGAAAAGAUCUCGAAGAAGAGAAAUGAUGGACUAUUAUACUUUGAACGAACAUCUUAAAUCAACUUAUUUCAUUAUUCCAAAGCAGUUUUGGACUGUCAGACAUAGUGUAGACCUUUUCUAUUUAGCAGAGGAGCCCACUGCAGAUAAACUUUUCUGUCACAUAAUAAAGCAUAUUCCGACUACAUGUGAGUAUGUGAUAGAAGUCAACCCUGGACCCGGGCUACUCACUGAGAAAUUAUUGAAUCAUGGUUAUCAAUUGAGGAUUUUUGAAGGCACUGAACCUUUUGUUGCACACAUGGAGGAAAUACAAUCCCAGCACCCACAUAUUUUGUCCAUUCAACUUAAUAACUUCUUGCAGUUGCCAAUCUAUGUAAGGCAGGAUUACAUAGAUAAUGGUUCUCGUACUGAAGCAGUGUUAAGAAAUAUCAAACCGCAAGACUGGGAAUCCGAUUCUCUAAAAAUUAUCUUAGGUAUACCAAAGGAGAAGUUUCUAAUUCAUCUUAUCUAUGACUGCUACCGAAAAGUGGGUCUUCCUUCAUAUGGACGUCCAGAAAUGUACUGUAUUAUACCACCAUCACAGCUUGUGCCUUACAUUACCGCACCUGACCACAAAAAAGAAAUGUACCGCCACAAAGCAAUUUUGUUUCAAACAGUGUUUGACUUUGAAAUUCUAGAUGAAUUAAGUAGAGCCAGUUUUCUUCCUUGGCACACCUAUAAAGGAUCAGCUCGGAACACAUGGAGAUCAAAGCUGAAAAGAUUGGAUACAAAUUAUAUGUACUUAGUCAAAAUCAGUGGAAAGAGAGAUUUCUACAGAAUGUUUGGAGACCUAGAGACUGUGGAACUUUAUCAGAAGUUCAUAUGCCAGUUUUUCCGCCGUCCAAAUUUUCCUGUCAUUCCUAUUCUAGAGAGGUGGUUUCCAAAUUGUGGUCCGAAAGUGAUAAAUCAAGGCCAUGGAAUAUUUACACUUUUCAGUGAUCUAUCUCCUAGUGAAGCAUUGGCACUGUUCCAGCUGUGUAGGACCCUUCCUGGUUUUGAAAAAGCUCCAUUUUUCUUCGAAGUUGAACUGGAGGAGGAAGAAGCGGAAGAAGAGGAUGAUGAAAUGAAAGAUGAAUCAACCAAAAUGAAGAAAGGAGAGGAAGAAGAUGAUGUCAUGCAUCAUGUAUGAUUCCUUUUCCCUAAUAUUUAAGAGGCAAUUUCUACCAAGAAAAUUUAUUUUGUUUUGAAAUACAUAGCAGAAUUGUAGCGAGGCAGACAGGAUCCCAUUCUCCAAUGUCAAAGCCAAGAAUGGCAACUUUGAUAAGGUGUCAUGAUAAGUAGAGAGACUAGAGGCUCACAGGUUUGUCUCCGGAGGUCAAGGUUAAUUAGCCAAGAAGUGAUUUUUGUACUUGAUUCUCAAGGAUGCACUUGUUUCAACUCAACUGUGCCACAAUUCAUCGGAUUAAAAUUCUAGGGAGUGAAUUUUGGGAUUGAAAAAGACGGAUUACAUUCGAAGUAAUCAGUGUUUCCUGUGGUCUGGAAAACCAUGGAAGGCCAGGAAAAGUCAGGAAAUUUUUCAAGUAGCAUGGCGGCCGGGCAACUGCAGCAGGUGUCCCUUGAGAGAGCGCAGAUAACUUAUAAGUGCCUUUUUCACAAUUUGAAUCUCAAGGAAUGGGUAUUUCGCCCAGAGUUUGGCUAAAGUCAGUUCAAUUGAGGUAAAAAGUUUAAGCGGGAAAACUUGCAGGAUUCAGGUAUUUCAGAGUCAUGGAAAAGCAAAAGUGUCAAGGAAGAUGAAGAAAUUAUGGAAAUCCUGGUAAUUAUUAACCAAGAAAUAUUUAUAAUUCACCUAUAAAGGUAAGCAGAAAACAUGCACAGAGUAACUAUUUGUACCUACCAUGGUCUCUGGUAGUUUACAGUUUUUGAAAUUUUUUCUGUCAUAGAUAAACAGAAAUUUUAGUGUUUGGUCAGGAGUCUCUAAGCUCUUGCUACUUUCUUUAAGUACUUCAACUGCCUUGCCUUUUGUUUUCAGUAGCUGUUUCCUUUUAAGUCAAUCAUUUAAAAGAAAAAAAUAUCAGUAGAGUUCCAAAAUGUUUCCCCAUUUUUCUUUCAUGUUCAGUAAUUUCUGCAGAAAUGUCUUGAGAAAAUUAAGUACGUAAGGUUUGAAAAGAAUUUAAAUGCUCCUUCCAAAAUUUCUAACAUUAUCCUUUGUAAACAAACCUUAAAGAAACUGGAUGAAUAAAAGGAGGUGAAUCAUCGACGUGAGUCAUUUACUUGGUUUUCCCUCUUCUAUUUUUAGAGCUUGUAUAAUUGCAUCUCAACUGGUGGAAAAAUCUCAAUUGUUUACAAGGAAUGGAAUAGGUCCUGGAAAUAUCUCUUUUGAAAUAAAUUAGACAGUGUACUUAUAUUUAAAAUCAAACUUUUUACUUGAAAAGGAGAAAAAAUGUUCACCGUUGCAAGAUAUCCCAGUGGAUCUCUAGGACUGUUUAUCUUGAGCUCCAAAAAAUGGGAAUUUUUUUUUACUUACUGGUGUGUAACAAAUGAAAAGCAAUAUCUGUGCUUGAAAAUGCUCAGUCUAUAGUGUCCAGUGUCUUUGAUCAAUAAUCUAUAAAUGGUAUGAAGCACUGGAUUAUGCAUCAAAUCUUACAAAUUUUGGCGCCUGCUAAAUUUUAAUUUUAUUUAUCAGAUAAUGCCUCCUGAGCAACAAUGAACUUUGAAAUCGAACUUUUUAAAUGUCAGUCUCAAGUCAGGGAGUCGAAAAAUGACAAACUAUUGAAAAUCUUUUAAAAGCUCACUGAGCUAAAGAGGCCCUAAGCUGAAGUAUUUAAAACAAUACGGAAAUUUAAGCGGCGCUGAAUUUCCCGGUAAUUAGCGGGUGGUCUUUUAGGUAGUGAAAUAAGAGAAACCUGUAUCUUGACAAGGCUGUCUCAAAUUUUCAGGUUUUUUUAUGUACCUUGAGAAAAUAAUAGGUACCUCUGAGAACUUGUUAUCAUCACAUGAGAUUUUUAGAGAAAAUUCUUGAAAUUUGAGAGAAGAAUCUUGCAAUAAUUUUGAUCAGGCAACCUUUAGAAAAUUUAAACUGUCAAUAAAUCUGCUUGUGGAAAAUCAAGAUGUGUGCUCCACUUUCUACAUAAGUUUGUGUGCUGCUUUAAAUGUAUUGAAAUUGUAAAUCAGAUUAUAUUUUUCAACAAUUUUGUGUUAACAGAUUUUUGGAAAUUUUUGUGAAUUAGCUGUAUCCUGAAAAUUGGAACAUCCAUGUAAAAUUCCUACUGUUCUGCGACUUCUUGCGAAAAAAUGAACAAAAUUCUUAUUGAAAGAAUUUUCGUAAAAUUGUUUUUCGGAAUGCAUUUGGGAUUUUUUUAUUAUAAACAGGAAGGUUUUUUUAAGAGUAAUUUUACUCUGUGUUCAUUUAUAUAAAAAGAUUUUAAAAAUUCCUCGCAAUUAAAUGUUUGGACCCUGUU